CACAGCCGCUUCUGUCCCGCACGUGAUCUCCAUGGAAACGUCAUCAAGCUCGAGAAGUCGUCCUGCUGCUAGAGUUGUGCGCUAGCUGAGCAUGGCAGCAAAGGUAAUGAUAAAGAGGGCUGAUCCGGCAGAGCUCAAGUCCAUUUUCUUGAAGUAUGCCAGUGUGGAGAAGAAUGGAGAGUACUACAUGUCCCCAGAGGACUUUGUGUCCAGGUUCCUUCAUGCACUAACAGACAUAAAGCUUUCCAAGGAGGCCACUGUUUUACUGGCAGGUGUUGUAGACCAGACCAAAGAUGGGUUGAUCUCCUUCCAGGAGUUUCUGGCUUUUGAGGCAGUGCUGUGUGCUCCGGAUGCUCUCUUCAUGGUUGCCUUCCAGCUCUUCCACAAAGCUAGAAACGGAAUUGCCACUUUUGAGGAUGUGAAACAAGUUUUCGGUCAGACCACUAUUCACCAGCACAUCCCCUUUAACUGGAACUCGGAAUUUGUUCAGCUUCACUUUGGCGCUGAGAGGAAGAAACACCUAAACUACGGGGAGUUCACUCAGUUUCUGCUGGAGAUGCAGCUUGAACAUGCCAGGCAGGCUUUUAUGCAAAGAGACAAGGCCAGGACAGGCACCAUCACCGCUCUGGACUUCAGGGACAUCAUGGUGACCAUCAGACCCCACAUGCUCACACCAUUUGUGGAGGAAUGCUUAGUUGCAGCGGCCGGUGGAAGUACGUCACAUCAGGUCAGCUUUUCUUACUUUAAUGGCUUCAACUCUCUGCUAAGCAACAUGGAGCUCAUUAGGAAGAUCUACACCACCCUGGCAGGCAACUGCAAAGAUGUGGAAGUUACUAAAGAGGAGUUCAUUAUUGCUGCCCAAAGGUUUGGCCAGGUGACCCCUAUGGAAGUGGACAUCCUGUUCCAGCUGGCUGACCUGUCUGAGCCAAGAGGAUGUGUUGGUUUAUUUGACAUUGAGAGGACUGCACCUUUGGAGGAGGAAGCUCUUCCUUACAACCUUGCCGAGAUUCAAAGACAGCAGUCUGGUGGGGAUGGAUCUCGCUCGGUUCUGCUUCAGGCCGCUGAGUCGGCGUACAGGUUCACUCUGGGCUCUGUGGCUGGAGCCAUGGGUGCCACUGCCGUGUACCCCAUCGACCUAGUAAAGACCCGAAUGCAGAACCAACGUUCUUCAGGUUCCUUCGUGGACGAGCUGAUGUACAAGAACAGCAUUGACUGUUUCAAGAAGGUCGUACGCUACGAGGGCUUUUUCGGCCUCUACAGAGGCCUCGUACCACAGCUUCUGGGCGUGGCUCCCGAGAAAGCCAUAAAGCUUACAGUGAACGACUUUGUGAGAGGAAAGACUAUGAAAAAAGAUGGCAGCAUCCCUAUACCUGCUGAAAUCUUGGCUGGCGGAUGUGCUGGGGGAUCUCAGGUGAUCUUCACAAACCCUCUGGAGAUCGUGAAGAUCCGUCUGCAGGUGGCAGGAGAAAUCACCACAGGGCCAUGCGUCAGCGCUCUCUCUGUCAGCCGUGACCUGGGUUUCUUCGGCCUUUACAAGGGUGCAAAAGCUUGUUUCCUGAGAGACAUCCCCUUCUCUGCCAUCUACGUCCCCUGCUACGCACAUACCAAGGCGGCCCUGACUGAUGACGAUGGGCGAGUGGGACCUGGCAGGCUUUUCCUGGCAGGGGCGCUGGCGGGCAUGCCUGCCGCAUCCCUGGUGACCCCUGCUGAUGUAAUCAAGACCCGGUUACAAGUGGCUGCCCGUGCAGGUCAGACCACGUACAAUGGACUCAUUGACUGUUUCUGGAAGAUUCUGCGGGAAGAGGGGCCUCGUGCCUUCUGGAAAGGAGCUGAAGCACGUGUGUUUCGCUCCUCGCCUCAGUUUGGAGUGACUCUAGUGACUUAUGAACUCCUGCAGAGGUGGUUCUACAUAGACUUCGGUGGACAAAAACCAGCUGGCACAGAGCCUACUCCCAUGUCUCCGAUCAGCCUCCCGGCGCCCAAUCCUGACCACAUCGGUGGCUUCAGGUUGGCUGUGGCCACGUUUGCUGGCAUCGAGAGUAAAUUUGGACUGCAUCUACCACGAUUCGGAGCGCCUGCCGCCCCACACGUUUGAAGCAGACACAUCCACUUCAGCAGCACUGGAACAAACACACAUAUGAAUCUCUUCCUUCUUGUUGAGAACAGAAAACCUUCAGCAGAUGACCUGGAAAUAAUGUUUUAUGUGAUCGUUAGUGCAAAUGACAACUUUAAAGUACAACAUUAGAUGGGAUGAUAUGUAAUAUUUUUAAAAUCUACUACAAAGUCCUGGAUUCUUAGUGUGACUUUGAUCUAAUUUAAAUGUAAAUCAAACAUU